AUGGUGAUGAUGUAUAUUAAACUAUGAGGGAAAAAAAUUUCGCCAACUAUUUUUCAACCAGUUUGAUCCAUCAAGAUGUUACGAAUACUAAGACCAGCAAUAGCACGAAGAUACAUCCACAACAUCAACGUUCCCUUCCAAGAUGACUUAACUCCAGCCGAAUUGGACGACUUCAACUUGGGUGACUUUCAACAUUAUCAAGAAUCACCAUCUGUGCUAGCCCACAAAUCAAAACUUCUCACGUUUGAAGACUAUACUGUUCUCGACGAACCAGUGAUAUUCAAUUCAAAAUUGACAGAUCCGUACAUGAACUUGGCCUUGGAACAGCACAUUUACAACCAGAUGCCCAAACCCGCAGCCAACAACACCAAUAGACUCUUGUUCUAUGUGAACUCGCCCUGUGUUGUCGUGGGCAAGAACCAAAACCCCUGGAAAGAGGUCAACUUGCCCUUGCUCAACAUGCUUGGAAUUCCCUUGUUAAGAAGAUAUAGUGGUGGAGGAACAGUGGUUCACGACCUAGGUAAUGUCAAUUUCUCAUUUAUGACCACCAAAGAAAAGUUUGAUCGGUUCACAUUCGCCCAUGCAGUCUCCAAAGGUGUUAAUGGCUGCAACGGGAAACAAGUACAGGUUAAUGAGAGAGGUGAUAUCGUAACUACAGAUGGGUUUAAAGUCAGUGGAUCAGCGUACAAGUUAUCCAAGGGAAAGUCGUACCAUCACGGUACCAUGUUGCUCAAUCUGAACUUGAAAGUGUUGAGCAAGCUAUUAUCGAGAAGUGACAAGUUGGGAGUGGUGGAUGCCAUGAACAGUGUUGCAUCGGUCAAGUCUAAGGUGACAAACUUGGAAAUUGAAUCCAGUGCAUUUAUUCAAAGUGUUUCCCAACAAUUUGAACACGAAUAUGGGUUAGAUGAGUCGGUCAAGGUAGUCGAAGUUAAUAAUGACACAGACUUGCCGCAACAAAUACAAGAUACUGCUGAUGAAUUGCGGUCAUGGCAGUGGAAGUUUGGCAAGACUCCAAAGUUUACCCAUGAAUUGACAAACAAGAGUCAUAACUUCACCAUCAAGUUUCACGUACAUAAACUGGCGAUUAUUGAAAAGUAUGAAUUGACCACUGACAGCGAUGAGAUCCGAGAAAAAUUCAAGUAUCUUGAAAAGUAUAUUAGUGAGAAUGAACUAGAAUACACCGGAAGUAACGUGGCUGGAUACGUCCUCGAUGAUGAUAUAAGUGACUGGAUCGGUGAGUGUAUCGACGGAACUGUAUAGAUAAUAGAUGAUGUUUAUACCGAUCGGUUAUUGAAGGGAAGCGCGCGCGUUAUCGGGUAUUCCCAAUUAGGAAGGUGAGAAAGGCACUAAAAAAAAAUGUUACUCCGCAUUUGCAAAUGUUUGUUUCCAUGGCUAUUUCACAUUUCCAUGGAAGGAACAGAGGUGAGGUACCGGUGUAGUUGGCAGCAUGCCGUGCAAUAUUAUUAGUUAUUGCUAUUGUUAGCGGAAUGUAGAUGGCAUAUAUGUAUAUAUUUAUAUAACACCGUUGAAAUUUAGAAUUACCCCG